AUGAAGGUGCUGCUUGUAAUAGCCAUUUUUUAUAUAAACUACGUCACCAGCCGCGAAAAGUAUGCAGUCAAGAGUUACCCAAAAAAAGUUAAGCCUUUUGGAGCUGGAAAGAUUCUCAUAAAUUCUCCUAAAUAUAUGUUUAAGCCGCACUCGCCUGAAGGGGCUGCUAUCAAAUUAUACAAGUAUAAGAAAUCAGUAGACGAAAGUAUAAACGGCCCCCGAUACACCGUUUUCCAAGUAAUCGGCAAUUCGAAAGCUAUCCGAGGUGUGCCUGAUAGCCCUUACUUUUCAGUGGACCAAGUCAUUGAACAAAAGCCAAGAGUAAAAAAAGUUCUACCGGACUAUGUUUGGUCUUCACUAGGUCGAAUCAAAAGGUCUGUUCCUGAAGAGAUAACAACAGUUACCACAGAGUCUAAAAACGAAACUAUUAAAGAAUCGACGACAAUUAAGCCAGCAGAGAAGCAGGCAGUUCAAGAAAAAACUGAAAGGCCGGAAGAAAAUCAGACUAUAGUAAAGAGAGCCCAAGAUGACUCUACGCCUAAAGACUCUAAAAAAAACGAUGUUACUACUGUUAAAAAUGAAGAGUUAAGAAAUCAGACAACUGCGGUGUCUAAAGUUACAAAUAAUAUAAUACCAAUAAAAAAGAACGCCCCAAGUUUACGUAAAGGGAAGAAAAACAAAGCUCAAAGAAAACGAAAAGAUUCUGGAGUUAAACGUUCUGGGAAAUCGAAGACACGCAAUGGGACCAGAUCAAAAAAUAAAUUGCGAGAGAAAUCAAAAGUGGCAAACGGUACAGCUCUGGAUGUGAAAAGUGGAAAACGACUAAGAUCGAAGUCUAAAUCCAAACAAAAGAAAUCCAAAAAAUCCCAUUCAUUGAGGCAUCCGAAAUCUUCGAAAAAGUCAAAAAAGGCUUUGAAGAAAAACCCACGAGUGGAUACGGCAGGCAACUCCACAGACAUUAACAUGCUAAAAGAGACGAGAAGACUUACAGGCGCCAGAGAGGCGUUGAUUGAAGAUUACCCUUACACGGUCUCGAUCCAGAAGGAUGGCGUGCACUGGUGUUCUGGCGCCCUUUUGAACCCAAGAAUAGUCAUCACAACAGCAAACUGUCUUUGGAAGGCGGAUCGCAUAAGUCGCAUGGAGGUCCGCUGUGGAUCAUCAUCUGCGGACCAAGGUGGGCAGUUGGCAAACAUACAAGAGGUGAAGAAGCACCCAAAAUGGAGUUUGAGACAUACCCCUGAUAAUGAUGUGGCACUCCUACUACUGGACAGGAACAUCAAAUUCUCACACAGUGUUCACGCCGUGGAUCUACCUAAUCGUGUGAUGUUACCCGCCUUCGACGACGCUUGGAUUACAAGUUUCGGAUCCGAGAGACGCGACGGCAUAUUUGAAGAACAUGAAACAACAUUACAAGUGUACCACUCCAACUUGAUGAGCAAUGAGAGCUGCAACAACAUCACCACACGGUUCGGCGUUGCUGUAACUGAAAACUUCAUAUGUUUCUCUCAGACCGGCAAGACAUCUCCUUGCACUCGUGACACUGGGGCACCAGCAGUCAGUGAUGGUGUACUAUGGGGACUCGCUUCAUGGAGUAUCAGAAAACUGUGCGGCACUGAGCGUUUUCCUUCAGUGUUUUCUUAUACGGCUUCUCAUUCAAACAUGGACUUUAUAACUCUAGCUACUCGCCAAAUGAUGUCCGACAAGCGCUUGUACCAGUUCCUGGAUAGAACUUUCCACCCUAACCUAUUGAGGCAUGCCACUACCCGUCCACCCCGCGUUUAG